GAACGAGACAGAGAAAACAGAUAUGCUAGAGCAAUCUUCAGAUGGUCUUUCUGGCAAUUGCGCCAGGCACAGGAACUCAGGUCAUGGGUUCUUGAUGUUCCUCUUGAACUUUCUGGAAUCUCUCCAAAAGUUUGCAUUUGCAAGAUUAGAGGUUUUGGUGUGGGAGAUUUUGACCAUGGUGGUGAUGUCAUGCUAUGAUUUUUGUUAUCCUCCACCUUUGAACUCAGUAGCUUAAUUUUAUUUAUUCUGUUGCAGAAAUGCUGGUGAGAGAGUGAUGGGCUUUGCUUAAGAGAAGCACCUCAUCUUCUGAUUCCUGUGGGGAAUUUAAUGUUCUGCAUUAUUCUGUUGCAUAUUUUAUAUAUUGAUAUAUUUUCGAUAUGUUCGGUUGCCUGUCUUGAAGAAUUUAGCUUUAGAUGACCAUGGUUUUCCUAUUCAUGUCCUCAAAGGCGCAUUCACCAUUAUUUUUUUUAUAAGAAAUGAUUUUUGCUUGGAUACCAUGUGAAAUUUUCAUUUGUCCCAAAAGCUUUAACUUAUGGGAACAGAUAGAAAUUCACCAUUAUUGAUGCUGAGUCGAUAUGUUGUAAGUCUUAAAUUUUAAAUUUUAUUAUCAGUAAUUUUUUCUUGUUUUUAAAAAAGUCUAAUUUUUAAAUUGAUUGCAUGUUCUUUUCACUAGUCAUUGCCUCUGAAGAAAGUCUUUUUUCAAAUUAUAGAUUCCUUGAAAUCAAUUUUUGCAAUUAAAAUGGUUUCAUAUUUUGUACCUAACUUUGUUUGGCCUUCAUACUUUCAUUACAAGCACUUGCAUUUUGUAACAAGAAACUUUUACUUGUCAUAUGGUAUUGUAUUUUCUUCUAGACCCUAAGCCUUUGCCAUAAGCGUCAAUUAGGUUUCAUUGGGUUGCAUAUCUUGCAAGUCCACUUUUUUUUAUGUUGAGUAUAAUGUAAUAUAAGUAUAAUGUAAAAUUACUUAUAUAUAAAAAAAAGUAAAAUGUAAAAAAGUUUCAUUGGGACUGUAGGCAUAAUUUAAGGUCUCAGUUUUGUUUUAUGUGCUUUGCGGAAUAUGAGCUUUUAACAGGUUCCAAAUUAAUGCAAUUAGGUCCUUGGGUACUGCCUUCAAUACAACAUGAUGAUGCUGUUUCCAUUUAUGAUUAUGUUGGUCUCAAUGUUUUCAUUACCAUUAAUUGCUUCGUCUAUAUCCAGACGAUACAAAGAGAAAAAGGAGGAAGGAACUGAACCAGAGGCUGAUCCUGAACGGGAUCAGAGGACAGUAUUUGCUUACCAGAUAUCUUUGAAGGCCAAUGAAAGAGAUGUGUAUGAGUUCUUCUCAAGAGCUGGCAAGGUGCGAGAUGUACGCCUUAUAAUGGAUCGCAAUUCAAGGCGUUCCAAGGGAGUUGGGUAUAUUGAGUUCUAUGAUGCAAUGUCCGUCCCUAUGGCAAUAGCACUCUCUGGUCAGCUUCUUCUUGGUCAACCAGUUAUGGUGAAGCCAUCAGAAGCUGAAAAGAAUCUGGUCCAGUCAACUACAGUUGUAGCUGGUGUAUCUGGUGGGCUUAUAGGCCCCUAUUCAGGUGGGGCUCGAAGGCUUUAUGUUGGCAAUCUACAUUUCAACAUGACUGAAGCUGAUCUUCGUCAGGUUUUUGAAGCAUUUGGUCAAGUGGAGCUGGUGCAGUUGCCUCUUGAUGAAACUGGACAUUGCAAGGGUUUUGGCUUUGUCCAAUUUGCACGCCUUGAGGAUUCCAGAAAUGCACUGAGUCUGAAUCAACAGUUGGAGAUUGCAGGUCGGCUUAUCAAGGUUUCAGCUGUUACUGAUCAAACUGGACUGCAAGAUAUUGGAGCCAUUUCUGGUGAUUUUGAUGAUGAUGAAGGAGGUGGCUUGUCGCUAAAUGCACGCUCUCGAGCACUUCUUAUGCAGAAGUUGGAUCGCAGCGGCACUGCAUCUGGAAUUUCUGGUUCUGUUGGCACUCCUGCUGUCAAUGGCACUGGCCUUACUUUACCAAUGGCACCUGUCCUAGGGGCUGCUCCUGUGGUAUCUCCAGGAGUUGCUCCCCUUCCUUCUAUUCCUGCUCUUGCUGGACUUGGUGUAGGCCUUCAAGGUCCCACUGUUACCGUGCCAACUGUUGAUACAAUAGGUGUUCCAAGCGAAUGCUUAUUAUUGAAGGAUAUGUUUGAUCCAAAAAUUGAGACGGAACCCGAUUUCGAUUUGGAUAUAAAAGAAGAUGUUCGAGAAGAAUGUUCAAAGUACGGAAAUUUGAAGCAUAUUUUUGUAGACAAGCACAGUGCUGGUUUUGUGUACUUACGAUUUGAGAAUACACAAGCUGCAGCCGCUGCACAGCGUUCUCUCCAUGGAAGAUGGUUUGCUGGAAAGAUGAUUACUGCAACAUACAUGCUGCCCCAGGCAUACGAGACCAAGUUCCCUGACAGCAGAUAAGACUCCGGAUUUGCAGCAGAGAGUCUUAUGAGUAGCCUGAAUGCCCUCUAGUACUGCCUUUUAUCGUUGGCUCCAAGGUUUAGGUAAAAUGGCGUUUGCUUAUCUUCAUUUGGGGGAGAGAGGGAGAGAAGAUUGUGUAUGAUAUGUAGGUAUCCUCAGCUGACUGAGUGCGGAUUGCCAAUAGCCAAAGAUUGUGAAAAGAAGUCUGAGUUACAUGGAAUGUAAUUGUUAUUGCUAUUGCCGUUUACACAAAAUCAAGGGAGUUACAUUUGUAGGCCUACUUGGCGCUUUCUUUUAUUAUAUAAAAGGUCUUGGCUACCAUUUCUGGCUGCCAGCUUCUCCUGA